UACGUUGUCAUCGCAACGUUAUUAUGAAAACAAUUAGUCAUAAAACAAACAUAAUUUAAUAAGUACCUAAUAAUUGCAAACUACUUACACGGUAAUUUGAAUGCUGUAAUCAGUCAAGCAAAGUUUUACCUAAAUCACUCCAGGAAUGAAGCUCUUGCUUUGAGCAUGCAACUGAGUUGUAGUUUAUAUUUCUUGUCAUGGUCUAAGAAUCUUUAUCCAUAGUGUCCUUUCAGAAUAACUAUAUAGAAAUCUGAAAAUGUGAUAAGUAGUUUGGAUGAAUGCAAUGAGUUUAAUGGACUGAAAAAGGGUUUGUAUGAUUCUGAGUGGCUUACAUACAAUAGGCUCAGGGGAUCAGACAUUGACAUUAUUUAACAUGAACUCAGAAGAGGACUGCUCCUUUUAUUAGCCACUCCUGUCCAAACAGUUAAAGCCAGACAGAGCUGCAUCAUCAGAAAGAGAACAACAGAACACAGUACUAAAACGCUGAAGAGGACGUUUAUCUACAUCAGUCACUGCACUGUGGACAGGAAAGGCUUGACAAGUUUUACAAUGAACUUUUUCAACUCUGCUCUUGGGAAAAACAUCACUUUUGUGCGUCCUGCAUAUUUCAUAAUAAGUGGUUUAUCUGACAUCCCACAUAUCAAGUAUUACUAUAUCUUUCUCCUUUUUGUUUAUAUUGCAUCAUUGCUGGGAAACACAGUUGUAAUGGCCGUAAUAUGCUUGGAUCAUAACCUGAGAACUCCAAAAUAUAUUGCAGUUUUUAAUUUAGCAUUUGUGGACCUGUUUGGUAACUCUGCUCUGGUGCCGAAGCUUCUUGACAUUUUUCUGUUUAACCAUCGCUACAUCCCCUACAACGACUGCUUGGCAUUCCUUUUUUUCUGCUACACCUGCCUUUCAAUGCAGGCUCUUAAUCUGGUUGCACUUGCCUAUGACAGACUGAUAGCUAUCAUCUUCCCACUGCACUAUCAUGUGAAGAUGACCCACAGGUUCAUGCUGUCUUUGAUUGCCUCUUUCUGGGUACUUGCUAUAACUAGUACACUCAUUGCAGUUGGCCUUCUUACAAGACUUUCCUUCUGUAAGUCUGUGGUUAUUAAUAGCUAUUUCUGUGACCAUGGCCAGAUAUACCGGCUUGGCUGCAAUGAUGUUACCCCCAACCGUGUAAUUGCUGGUUUGUCAUCAAAUAUUAUUCUUUGGAUUCCACUAGUAUUUAUCUGGGCAAGUUACUGUGGUAUUGCCUAUGCCUUGUCAAAAAAUUCCACAGCUAAGGAAAGAGUGAAGGCCUUUAAAACCUGCGCAGCUCAUCUCUCAUUAGUGGCAAUCUAUUUCCUCCCAUUAUUAAUCACAUUUACUAUGAGUGCAAAUAUACCUCCAAAUGCCAGGAUCAUAAACCUGUCUCUGACCUCCGUCUUUCCUCCCAUGUUGAACCCAAUCAUUUAUGUUCUGCAGACACAAGAAAUCAAAGAAUCUGUGAAAAAAAUAUUAAAAAUCAGAAAGCUAUCCAAAAUUACAGUAAAGAAAGUAAUUAUGAAAUAACCAUUUGUGUAUACUUUGGGCCAUCUGUUUGGAACAUUAUGUAUAUUAAAACUAUUACAAUAAAGUAAUGUAAAAUCAGUGAAACAACAACUAUUGUGAAUACUAGAUACUUUUGUAACCUCCCACAAAUGUUUCAACAUAAAAUUCAACAUGUAUUUAUUCCAUAAACAUUACAUUAUAAUAAUUUAGUUUGAAAUCAAGUAACAAUUAUUUAAUGAACAAGGGUAAUAACUACACUCAACAGUAUGACACAUUUACGACACAAUUACAAUUAGACUAGUGUUAUGAUAACUGGUUUAACUUAUGCUCGUGUGCUUGUGUGAUAACUGCAAAGAUAUACUACAAACAGGUUCUUGUGAUCAAACAGUUGGUGUCUCUACAUAUGUUGUCUUGACGGUGUCUAUUGUAUAUUAGACAAUGUAUAGUGUUUUCUGUUUUCAUAUUUUGGUACAACAUUUAAAACAUACAAAGAACCAGAUUUUUUUAUUUCUAAAAUUGAUGAUUAAACAAGAAAGAUUUAUUGCAAUCAAA